AAACCAAGUGCGGAUAGCAAUAUGUUUUGAAUUAAAUGAAACUGUAUUAAUACUUAUCUCUGGUUACGUGUGUAUGUAAAAGUGUAUUGUUUAUGUGCAAUAUAAAUGUGUGAAAUAACAAAACAAGAAAUAAGUGACCCAAAAAUAAGUGAGCUUGUAUGUGAUAGUUUAUAGGCAUAAUGGGACGAACGAAAUAGGUGUGAUAAAAAUAUAUGUCAAUGCACUCGAUAGAUAUUUGAUACUAACACUUUCACUAUCGCGUUGAUAGUCUUCGUAUGUAUCACAAAUAGUGUAAGAUUUUCAACAAAUGUGUGCAGCCUUAUAGGAAUUAGAAGUAAGUUGUCCAACAGGAGCAAGUACACAAACACGCAUACAAACGCCUAGUUUGUGAACUUUCUGAACAGAAUGCAAAGGCUUGACUAAUAAACACCUAAAGAUAAAGCAACAGCAUAUGAGUUAAAAUGGAAAUGCCGUUAAAUUAAUUAUCAAUAGCAUUUUUGAUACAAAAUGUGUAUGGAGUGUGAUUGGACGCACCUAUUAAACGCGUACUGCGCCUGUGAAGGCACACAGCUUCCAAAUCUACACAUCCGGCAUGGAAUUCAACACCAUCCCACCUACAUCAACAAGACGAUAGCGUACGGCGCACCGAAUAUAAUUAAGAAAAUCUACACUGGUCAACUCCCGGCGACCUAUUUCAACGACAUAUGCUACGGUCAACAGGCACACCCUCGCGGCGAGUUCCUCUACAGCGCCCGGAUGGAGCGCCAGCACGAGCUUUCUGAGCCGAAGCAUUUGUCACGUGAGCAAGCCCGUCACGUGGUCAGAGACAUACAGGAUGCCAGGUUUCGGAAGGCUCGACAGUUGGAGCAACAGUCCGCCUUAAAGAAGAAAGAGCGGACCCGCAGAGCAGAAGUGGCGCGUCUGAGGGUUGCAGAAGGGGUGCCUCGCGGGAAGCUUGCUUACCUCGGGAAACUCGAACGUCAUAAAGAGAAAUUGGACUUAAAAAUUCAAGCGACAAAGGAAGCACGGAGGAAAACUUUGGCGUUCAUAAAGCCAUUGGGGAUUGACAGAAACAGGCAGGAGUGACACUGCGUUAAUUUAAUUUUUAAACCCAAUGCUAGAUUAUACUGUGUAUUUUUUCAGAUUACGACUGCCUCCAGUGAGUAAAAAAGUAUGUGAAUAAAUUUUGUAUGGAAAUGAUAA